CUUUAAAGAGAUAUCCAAAGCCGUAAACAAAAAAACACACAUUGUCUCUUUAAUCUGUGACAUAGUCUUUCUAAUCUGUGUGAGUGAUUAACAGUAAACAUACCAAAAUAAAAUAAUUAAGCUUAAAAAUAAUUGUUUUUAAUUAACUCUAUAAUUAAUUCAAUUUACAAAGUAGAACAACUAGUUGACAUCACGUAAUUUAUAAGCUCAAGACUACAAUGGCAUACAAUAUAAUGGAAUGGUAACGCAGCCUACGCUAAGGCAUUUGCUGGCGGGACACCAGUGAGGGAUAAUAGAUGAGAAAUCAGCCUGGGUAUGGUCAACCUCAAUAUGGCGGACAACCACCCACUGGUCAAUUGGAAAUGGGUCAUGGACCAUAUCCCAACAUACCAAUAGGAGGCGGAGUGUCACCGCAAGUCCAGCAAUGGUUCCGAGCAGUUGAUAAAGAUCAAUCUGGGUUCAUUACAGCUGCUGAGCUAAAAGGAGCCUUAGUUAAUGCACAGGGCCAAUCAUUUUCAGAUACAGCUUGUAACUUAAUGAUUGGUAUGUUUGACAAAGAUCGUACGGGUACUAUCAACGUGGAAGAAUUUGACAAAUUAUAUACAUACGUGAAUCAAUGGCUUACAGUUUUUAAAACCUAUGACGUUGACCAGUCUGGACAUAUUGAAGAACAAGAGCUAUCAAAAGCAAUGUCACAAAUGGGUUUCCGUUUUACUCCGGAGUUCAUCAAUUUUUUAAUAAAAAGAAGCGAUCCAAAAGACGGCAGGGUGUCUGUUGAUCAGUUCAUUGUACUGUGUGUUCAAAUACAACGUUUCACUGAAGCAUUUAGAGUCCGUGACACUCAACAAAAUGGAACGGUAACCAUCGCAUUUGAGGAUUUUCUAAAUGUGGCACUGAGUUGUUCUAUAUAGUUUUAUUUUAUUAGAGACAAUUUUCAUACAUAAACAGAUAAAAAUGUAUCAGUCAGGCGAUCUUCACCGUUACUUUGUCAUGCUUCAUUACUCCUACAGCCUAAUAUCUAUCUUUCGCCCACCUAUUUGAUUGCGUUAUAGUUUUUAAUUUGAGGGCUGUAUAAUCUCUUUUUCGCUUAUUUUAUAAACCGCCAAGCAAGUUAAAGACUAUCGGUAGUUAUAUACAUCAAAUGAAUUUUUAAUAGUUUAGGUAUAAUUUUUUCCCAUGUGCUUGGAAAUUUACAUACUUCGACUCUUUUCGGCCCCUUUCAAAAUACCAUCAACAAUUCUAAACAGUAUCUACAAUAUAGGAAAUUGCUGAUCAGAUUAAUUGUAUCGUAUAUCUAUUGUAUCUUAUUCGCGUCUCCUAUAUCAAAAGCAGGCAAUUUUGAAGUGACAUGAACUACAAGUAGUACCCUGCUUAAGGUUUCAUCGUCUUACAUUUUAUUUGUAGUUACCUCAUAUAUCUUUAUUUUACUUAUUUAUUAAUUUUAAAGGAUAUCGUUGCAUAGGUAUAAUACAUUUGUUAUUAAUAAAAUUAAAGUUCGGUAUUCAUUCGUUCGUAUCUCUCAUACUAACCUAAUGAGGUUAUGGGUUUAUGUUAAAGUUGUUACAACUUUAGAAUAGACGUGCGCAUUGCAUCUGUCACCUUAGAGUACCGCUGUCAUCGCCGGUUUUAAAUUCCACAUAACGCCGAGCAUGAUAUAUUCAAAGAAGGUCAUUAGCAUUAUUAUAAUUAUUACACAGUAAUACAUACAGACUCCACUGUUAAACUUAGACCUAAACUGCUAGACCGCCAUAAAGAUCCUGAACCACCAGUAAAACGCAAGUUAAUUUUAAACAUAUUAGUACUUUAAAAGUACCUAAUAAAUCUUUGCUGGUAAGCGCUGAAAGCAAGACAAUAGUUAUCUCUUGCAUCCUUGAUAAAUGUCGACUGCCAUCAAUAAAUACUUCAAAUAGAAGUUU